CUUCCAUGAAGUGAAUUUUUAACCGAGAAACGUCAAAUGAACUUACAAAAUCCUGUAACAGAGAGUGAUGAAAGUAACUGGAUCAUCAAUGAAUUUGGAGGGUGGCUGCAAAAUAAGGUACAUUGCAUAGAUGCAACCACCGAAGAUGGGAAGCUAAGAAAAGCUUUGGCGGGUGGUUUGCAUUCUUAUGGAAGAAAAUUAAAAGGAUACAUAAUCAAUGGAUACAAAUUCCUUUCCACGGAUCGCGAUUGUCGUGUUUUGACACAAAAUUCUGGAAUUAUGGACGAAGCGGAUGGAGAGGCAUACUAUGGAAAAGUGAAAGAUAUCGAUGAAUUAGAUUAUUACGGAGAUUACAAAGUUGUAUUGUUUCGUUGUGAUUGGGUACACAUUCAUAGGGGUGUAAGAGCGUAUCCAAACGGCGGAGUAUGCGUCAAUUUCUCUAAAUUGAUGCAUUCUGGACGAUUGUUGCAAGAUGAUCCAUUUGUAUUCUCAUCUCAGUAAAAACUAGUUUUUUACGUAGAAGAUGAGAUAAAAAAGUGAUGGUUGCAUGUUGUUAAGAACACGCCUAGAGAAGUGUUUGAUUUAGGGGAUUCUUUACCAGUAGAGGAAGAGGG